GCAGGACUAUCUCGAAGGCGAAAGAACACUUUAGAUAUUCAGACCGAGUGGACUCUGCUCUCCAUUUCUCCUAUACAAAAAAAAUUCUUCCUCGAAGUUUCUGGAUCCUCGGUUUUACGAUGGGUUUCGACUUGAGGCCACGAUUUCUGAUCUUCAUUCUUGUCAUCUGUCUUACAGCGUCUAGCAUCAUCAAUGUCGCCCAGGGUCAAUCCACAGCAGACCAAGACCUCACUCCUCACAAGCGUAGGAGUGAGGAGUGAGGUACUGUCAAAACCCGCGAGGUUCAUCACAUCGACUGCAUGCCCGACCGUGGAAAACUCAGCUAAGCAAGCUAAGCUGAAUCAAGGCAUACCUAGCCUGACCUGGGACUCCACGCUAGAAUCGUAUGCUACUGACUGGGCCGCCACCAGAACAGCUGCUGGUGACGACUGCGCUCUCAUACACUCUGGAGGACCUUACGGAGAGAACAUUUUCUGGUCCACUGGACCGAGCCCCCCAGCGGAUGCUGUGCAGUCCUGGGUCAGCGAGGAGGCAUAUUACGACUACGCAUCAAAUUCGUGCUCGGCCCCAGAGGGCGAGUCAUGUGGUCAUUACACGCAGGUCGUGUGGAGGGACACAGCGGCGCUGGGAUGCGGGUCGGCCACUUGUCCGUCUGGUGCCUUGUUCGUCGUUUGCAGCUACGACCCCGCGGAAACGUUGACGGUGAGUUGCCUUACUAGACCUCCUCUACGAAUAGCUGCGGCCGUCGAGCGACUCCGAGUUUCAUCUUUGCUGAAGUGGUGGACAUAUAGUAAUCAGAGUACAUACAUCACAUGUACGUCAGUGGACGAAUAUCGAAGUCAAAUUAGGGAGGGGGCAGGGAUGAGAAUAUCAUGGGAGGGCACUCCAUCGCUCCCUGGCGUGAGGAUGACAGAGAGUGCAGUGGGAAUCGUGUUUUUGAAUAGAGGUUAUUGUGAAUGCUUCUACCCUGGCAGAGUACUGACUUAUAUACUGUAGAUGAGAUUUUAAGAUAGGGAGUGGCUAGUUAUCCCUCACUUUGGGCUAAUUAGCCCUCACCCUGGUAUACGUGCAGCGAGGAUUCGUCUAAAGUGGUAGGUCUCAAUGGAAUUAAAUUGAUGGUUCUUCUGAAGCAUUGGUGUUCCUCUCCGUGUCAAUCGUGAACCACGUCACGCUUGUCACGUAUACAAGCGAGAUUUAUUUUUGACAGGUUGGUGGCCAGUUUUGUGUCACCUGACUUGGAACGUAUCUG